GCGCCGACGCAUCGCGCGUUCCAUAAACAGUCGUGUUUGAAUUCUCGUGGACAGCGCUUGUGUUUCAUUCGUAUCGUAGUGUGAUAUUGAUUAUUUAUUACGGAAACCAAAGAUAUGCAAGCCACGUAAAUCUACCAGGAUGACAGAAAAAACGGGAGUUCGAUUCGAAGAGGCGGAGAGAAAGAAGGGCCUUAUUCUCACAUCUAUUGGAGUAUCGUGCGCGGGUCUUGGAUGGCUCUGCCGUGGUUCAAUGACGAUUAUGGGCGCAGUGGCGCUGCUGGCGACAUAUCUCAUGACCGGGGAUAGGUACCAGUGGAUUUAUAUUUGGAAGAAGACGCACAGCCGGGAUUUGCUGGGUCUUCGAGUUCUCCUGGUGACCAUGUUCAAGAUAUGGAUAUGGGAGCGGCAGGGCAAGACCGUGGUUACCAGGUGGACAGAAGUGGCGAAGAUGUCUCCCGAGAAGAACGCUUUUGUUAUGGGAGAGAGGGCGUUGACUUUUCGUCAGGGCGACGAAUUCAGCAACCGCAUAGCUUGGUAUUUCAAGCGUCAGGGUUUCAAAAGUGGUGAAGUGAUAGCCUUGUUCAUGGAGACGCAGCCGGAGUACAUCUUCGUGUGGCUUGGUUUGGCCAAGCUCAGGGUUGUCACCGCGCUUGUAAACACUAAUUUAAGGGGGGCUCAGCUGAUCCACUGUUUACGGAUCGCUGGAUGCAAAGCUGUCGUGUUUGGCGACGAGAUGACUGACGCCAUAAAAGAAAUCCAGCACGAGAUCAGAGACAUGCCUCUCUUUCAAUUCAACUCGCCAGAGAGGGACAUCAAUACUACCCUCCAAGACACCGCACCCUUAGCCACUGAACUGAACGAGAUGUCUUCUGAAUCGUUCCCGAUAGUCCCUAGCAACCCACGGGACACAUUGCUUUACAUUUAUACCAGUGGGACUACCGGAUUCCCUAAGGCUGCUAUUAUAACGAAUAUUAGAUACCUGCUCAUGCCACUAGGAGUGCAUACGUCAGCGCGGCUCACAUCGUCUGAUGUUGUCUACGAUCCUUUACCUCUGCACCAUACGGCAGGUGGAGUUCUUGGUGCUGGCCAGGCCGUGGUUCUAGGUUGUACAGUAGCUUUGAGGAAGAAGUUCUCCGCAUCAAAUUACUGGAGUGAUGCUGCGAAGCAUGGAUGUACUGCAGCUCAGUACAUCGGCGAAAUCUGCAGGUAUCUGUUAUCAGUACCACCAGGGCCAAAUGACCGCGCGCACAAAGUCAAGGUGAUAUUCGGAAAUGGACUAAGGCCACAGAUAUGGCAGGAGUUCGUGGCGAGGUUCGGAGUAAAGAAGGUUCUCGAGUUCUAUGGCGCGACGGAAGGCAAUAGUAAUCUUGUGAACCUGGACUCAAAAGUUGGAGCAAUUGGAUUCCUCAGCAGGCUUGUCUCCUCAAUAUAUCCUCUGACGCUUGUCAAGUGUGACGAAAUUACUGGAGAGAUAUUGAGAGACAGCAAUGGAAGGUGUAUCACUUGCGGACCUCAUGAACCUGGGCUGCUUCUCGGCAAAAUCGAUCCAAAGAAAGCCAUCCUCACCUUCGCCGGGUACGCGGACCGCACCGCGUCAGAGAAGAAGAUGGUGCGUGACGUAAGAGUGGAGGGAGACUGCUACUUCAACACCGGAGAUAUCCUCGUGAUGGAUCACUUCGGAUACUUCUACUUUAAGGAUAGGACUGGGGACACUUUCAGGUGGCGAGGUGAGAAUGUGUCUACAGCUGAAGUAGAGGGGGUGAUAAGUUCUCUAGUAGGAUUGAAGGAUGCUGUGGUUUAUGGAGUAACGAUACCCCACACAGAAGGAAAAGCAGGCAUGGCGGCGAUCGCAGAUCCAGAAAACAAAUUAGACCUUACAGCACUAGCAAAAGGUCUAAAAUCCUCCCUCCCAGUGUACGCAAGGCCAUUAUUCCUCCGCAUCCUCCCAGAAACCCCUCUCACAGCAACAUUCAAGCUGAAAAAGAAGGAGUUAAUGGAAGAGGGGUAUAACUUGAACCUCCAGAAAGAUCCUAUAUAUUUCCUUGAUCAGAAGACUUGGGUCUUCGUUCCGUUGACGCAGAAGUUGUAUGAUGACAUAGUUCAGGGUAAUUUGAGACUGUGAUUGUAUAAUAGAUAAAUUCUAAGUUAAUG